GACUGUGCUGAAGAACAACGACUUGAGGUCCAGACAAGAGCUAACGGCCCAUCUGACCAAUCAGUGGCCGUCGCCGGUUGCCUUGGACAGCAACGUGGUUGCCUUGGAAACGCUGCUGUACAGGCGGAGCGCCGGGCAGUGGGAGGAGAAAAGUUUCCAGAGUUUAGAGCAGCUGUCUGCAGACAUGAGCCUCUCUCAGACAUCGCUGGAGCCGUCCGUCCCCCUCAGCCUGGAGGCCCGGCCCGCCGGCACACAGUGGCUCCACCGAGGUAAGGAGGAAACUCCAUCCCUUAGAGGUCUCUGCGGCUCCCUGACCUCAGUAGCCAGCUACAAGUCUUUAGCCAGCCUGAAGUCGAGCGAGUGUUUAGCCAGUCCGGCGACAGAGAUCAGCAGCCCGGGCGUCACGCCGUCAUAAAACAUGAGGAUCUGCAGGAGACAAACUAUCAGGAACUUUUCUCUUGUCUGGAAAGUCGAUUUUCUCCUGUUCUGCUCUGAAUGUGGAGCUUAAAGAGAUGAAAGCCCGUUUGGAAGCUGAAUCAUGUGUUUGACCACGUUUGUGCCGCCAGACUUAACAUGUAAAUGAUUUUAUUUCUGCUUUUAUCUGUGCACCAUACUUUGCUUUUUAAUGUUGGGGAAUCAAAUGCAAAAAUAUUAAGUUUUAUUAACUUUUGCAUCACAUUUUUGUGUUUGUUAAAAGCACUGAUGGGAGAUCAGUUACUGCAGUCUGGAGGCUUAAGUCAAAAGCUGUGUUUACUGCAUCUGCUAACCCGAUUCCUAUAGGAUGGAAAUGUUUGUCGUUUUUAAUUUUGCACCAGAAUUUUGUUCUCAGGAAGCUGCAGUUCUGGGUUCCCUUCAGUUAUUCAGAAACAGUAUCUCGCGUUGAUGACUGGAUCCUAAUGGGCUAAUAAAACUAGAAGAUAAAUUAUAAGCAGCAGGUAUUUUGAGACGUGUGUGUGUAUUAGAGUAUCAGUACAAAGUCAUGUACCUCAAAGUUAAUGUUUGCCUUCAGCUUGCUCCAGCGGUCAUUUGCACAAACACACAGACAUCUUUGUGGAUUUAUUUGUCUUUUACGCUUCAUUUUAAAUAAACUCCUAAAUAAACUCCCAACUAACUUCAG